UAUGGUGGAAACAGUCGAAAUGUCGAAAUGACACGGAAAUGAUCAAAACAUUGCAAAAUCGACAGAAUGAUUUGAUUGUGUAGUUAUUUCGCGCGAAUCAGAUUUCUGACAGUCUAGAAUCAUAACUAAAAGAUGGCUGAUGGCGAUGAAAAUGGAGCCAGAAAGAAAAUGCAGGAGGCUACAGCUAAAUUUUUAGAGCGACGAAAUAGAGAGCAUGAAACCGUGGACACAGAACAUGGACGCAUUGUGAUGCCCUCACUAUCAAAUAAAUGGCAAACCAUAAUAGAUGAUACACUUAUACCUCAAAUACAGCAGAACACAGAUUUUGCUGUUAGGAAAAGAUCAAGGUCCAUAGCACCUGAAGAUGAUGAAGGGAGAAGACCUAGACCUCUAUCAAUGCCAAAUGUGGCUUCUUCAUUACCAUUUGAAAUUCAUGAUGCUGGCAGCAAUCAAGAGGAGCCACCAUUAGAAGUGGAAAUAUCACUUCAAGCAGGAGAACAUGAUGAUCAGUCAGGGAGGUCACAAAGGUCAAGGCUACCAGCAAAGUUAGACCCUAUAGACAAUCCUCGUGCCCCACCCUCCUACAACGAGGCUUUGAAAAUGAAUGGAGGACGUGAGUUACCACAGUCACUCCCAGUUUAUGGACGUCUAUGGCAGAUGGGUAGACAAUGGAGUAGGGAGGCAGGAAACCAUGAUCCACAGUUUGAACCUAAAGUUUCAACAUCAGAAGAUGCUAUUGAACCUUAUUCAGCCUCAGAAUCAUAUGCUUCUGGAAGAUCACUUCCACCUAUAGCUAAAGGUGACAGUAUAGAUGGACUUUCUAAAGAAGCAAGGUUUACAGAUAUUGAUGCUAUCCCAGAAAGACAACAGUCAUACAGAGCUGCAACCUCAAACUGGAUUCUUCAACCACACCUAUCUAUAACAGAGGAGGAAGCAACAACAAGAACUGAGUUUGAUGUGGAAGAAGGAAGAAGAGAAGAAGAAAGGAAAAGAUUUGAGUGUGAUAAUUGUUUUGGAAACAGAUUUCCACGUGUUGUUCGAUAUUUAAAUUCACUGACACUUCAGAAAUUCUUGAUUCUUGUCACCAUAGCAACAGUGAUUAUUGGAUUAAUUCUUUUUGUGGGAAUAUUUCCAGCAAGUUUUGUGUAUGUUGAGUACCAUGAGAUGGCUUUGCUAAAAAACAAAGUCACAGGAACUGUGGAUCGAGACACUGUUUAUUUCACCGGAUGUUAUGUUCUAGGCCCUGAUAAAGAAUUUAUACGCUAUCCUAAGUAUGGCAACACCAUCUCUAUGACAACAGAUGUAUUUACUAUUGAUAAACUAGAAAUUACCAUGUCUUUCCAUCUUCAGUAUUAUAUAAGGAGUAGUGAGCUUGGCGAUCUCCACAGACAGUACGAACAAGAUUAUAAUGGAGUAUUGCGAAAUGUUGCUAGGAGUGAGAUUAAGAACCAUGUUGGCCAGUUCAGCCUUGAUUACUUCAGACUAAACAGAACUAACCUGGAAAAAUAUAUCUUAACUUUACUGCAGGCAAGAUUUGAGGGUGAUUGUUGUCAAAGCUGUUGUCCUAGCAGUUGUACAAACAACACAGUUUGUGCCACAUGUCUCCCUGUAGAAAAAUGUCACCCAGGUUACCAUGUAGAUAUCAAAUAUUUCCAGUUAACACAGAUAUCCAUCCCAAGUGAAGUGUCAAAUUUGUUUGUUCAGCAGCUGGUUUUACAGGUUGAAGCUGAAAAAGAAUUUUUGUUACAGAGUCAUUCUCUGGUACAGAAAGAAACAGAAAAACUAACAAAGAAACUGAAAAAUGAAGCAAACGAAAUAUUGGAGGAAGCACAGGCUAAUUCUUCAAAGGCAUUAACACUUGCAGAAGCUGACCGUGAAGCUAGUUUAACCUCAGCCUAUGUCCAUGGCUUGAAGUAUUUGUAUUUAACACUAGGAGUAAAUAGUGAAGAACAUCAACUUUCUUUGAUGAUGAUAAGGGCACUAGAAGAUUCUAAUGUGAAGGGCAACUUGUAUAGGGGAUAUGGUUAUAAUACCUCAACUAUUGUUAGUUCGCCUUAGUUAUGUUAUAAACAACAACCUUAUUAGGGAUAUAUGUUUACUGUGGAUUCGUUAUUAUUUGUAGGGUACUAAUUUUUGUGAGUUUUAUGAUCAAAGCUUAAUCACAAAUUAAAUUUCAUGAAAUACAAAUCUAUUGGUUUGAGUGCACAGUUUUUUAAGAAUCGCAAAAUAAAAUAUCUAACGAAAUAUAAUUUUUCUUGAAAACGUGAAAAUUGGUACCCAUAAAUAUAAAUCAUUUCACAGUUAAUUCAUUAUCUAUAGUUCUAUUCUACAAAAUGUGAUAUUGUUUUUCUUGAAAACCAUUAUUCCAAAAUAUUUAUAAAUUGUUCAAAUGAAACUGAUUUAUUUUUUGGUUUCAGAUUGGAAUGUUUCAUAGGUUUUGAUAUGUGAUAUAAACUUGGAUGUAUUUUUAUGUGAGCUCAAGAUACAAUUGUAGGUAAACAUAAUGCAGAAAAAAAUAAAUUGCUGUCAUUCAAAAACAUAAUUUUACACUGAUUUAUUUCUUCUAUUUUAUACCUUUAUAUUAUUUAUUAAAUACAAGUGUUUACAGUUGUCCAAUUUAUUUAUUCAUGAUUAAUACACAUAUUUGUUUAUAUUACAAAAUAUUAUUUUAUACCCAUAACAUUUUCAAAGCCUGUGUAUGUAUUCAAAUUUGCAAUAUUCAAUUUUAUGUGUAAAAAACAAGCUUCAGCUUCAAACUUUCUGAUAAGAGCUCUUAUAACACAGUAAUAUUGUCUGCAGCCAGUUUUAUGUGAAAACUAAUUUGUAUUAUGGUUAUAUUUGUGAAAUUGCAAGGGUGGGAAUGUGUUAUUAGACAAUAACAAUUCUUUCUCUUAUUAUUUAAAAUGUCACCAUUUGUCUGAUUAUGUUGAAUAUCCAUACCUGAAAUAUUGUUGUCAGAUUAAAAAAAAAAUCAUUGCAUAUUACAUAGGAUAUAUACCAUUCAUAUGCUGUUUUGACUAAUCAGUUUUCCCAAAACAAAACAAAAAUAUGGCAGAAUUUUAGGAGGUCCCAUAUCAUUUUGCUUUUAUGAAGUAUGGAAAAUAAAAGGCUACAUAUUACAAUACAUGUGUGUAUUAAUAUAAAAAUUUGAACUGUAACAUUGUUAUAGAACCAUAGAAUUCUAACAAACAUACAAAAACGGUAACCUAAAGUUGUUAAUUUCUGGGUCAUUUGGUCUCUGGUGGAGAGUUGUCUCAUUGGCAAUUAUACCACAUCUUCUUAUUUUUAUAAGUAUCUCAUAUUGAAUUUAUCUUUAUUGUUUUAAAUCAAGGGAGAAAUGCAACACUUAUGCACUGAAAAAGAAAUCAUAUAUCUUACCAACACUAAGUGAUCAAACUAGAAUCAAGAUUAAUUUAUAUUAUAUGGUAGAAGGGAGACAAUUCUUUAUAAUUUCAAACCCCUUUUUUUAUUCAAGAUGUAGAAAAAAAGUCAUGUUAAUGAGGAGUUUUAACUUCCUACCCAUCAUGAAAAUUAAAAAAAAAAAACUUGAUUUUGGUCAGUUCAUAUGUAACAAUCAUACACUUAAGAAAAGUGAUUCACGUGAAUGAAUUCUACAAAUACUAGUAGUUAAUUUUGAUACUUGACUAACUGUUGGGUACAUAUCAUGAAAUGGACAAUGGUACAUUCUAAUGGUACUGCCGGUUCAGGCAAGAAAGUUGACUUGAAAGUCCAAUCUUAAUCAUUGAGUUAUCUACUUUACAGAGUUUUUGUAGUGUAUUUGAACACAUGUUUAAGUGGACAUUCUGGGUUAGCUUUUGAUAUAACUUUGAACAAAAUAUUUUCCUUGUUCUUAUUUUGUGAGAAAAACAUCAUCCAUUCUCCUUCAUAACAUUUCAUAUUAUAAUAAACUCAUAGUUUAAAAACUUUUUAGCUGCAGUAUUCCAAAAGGAAUAUAAUUUGUAGCAACAUUUCUAAAUCGUUUAGUGCUAAACCCCAAAAAUCUUACUUUUGAUUGCUGUGAAUAUAUUUCUCAGGUGGAUUGUGUUCUCAGUCAGUAACUCUUUCAUCUUACAGAAUAUUAAAGGAAAUACUUCAUGAGGACAACAGUCAUUUCUUUACAUGUUCAGAAUCUAUACACAGUUGAGCAUAGGACUUUUCAUUAUCCCUUGAAAUAUUGAAAAUUCACCUUUUUUAUUAUAUUUGUUCAACAUUAAAAAUUCAAAUGUGAACAAAUAAAGAACUUUUUGACUUCUAUAACAAGCCUUGUUUAAGGUUUUUAGAGAUACCCAAUAUAAUUCACCAUUUUUUUAUUAAUAGACUUAGAAUUUUUCAAUUACAUUUUUUUUUUUGGACAUUUGGUUUUCCAUAUUUUCAUUAGUUUUGGGAUAUUGUCAACCUAACUUUAUUUUAAGAAUAUAAAAUGUUCAUGAUAUUAUUACUUAUUUUUACUUUCAAAUUAAAAGAAUUUACAAUAUUGACUACCUGCUAACAAGGUUCAGAUAAGGAACAAAAUAAAUGGAUUGACUCAAAAGAUCUGUGACUGCCAUUGAUUUCUUGUCUCACUUUUUACUUUUCAUUGUCCUGAGUGUUCUUGAUUUUUUUCUACUGGAUGUUAAGAAGCCACCAGUCUAUCAUGUUACUUGUAUAUUUAUGUUAUUUAUAGUAUUGUACCCCACUCUUACGAUAGUUUUAUAUUGCAAUAAAUGUACUGUUUUUUACUUUAUAAUAAAUCCAUUUUCCUAAAA